AAAAGAAAGAAAGAAAGAAAGAAAUUUAUAGCCAUGCCUUUUAUUCAGGACAUUGAUAAUGACGUACAGUAAUAAACCCCCCUUACUCACUUUUUCAUCACUGUUAUCGAAUACCCAAUGAAAUCAUUUUUCCUUUUAUCCUUUUUCUUUUGAUUUUUAUAGAUGCCAAAAAUCGUUUCUUCUUCUAUUGUGUCUUCUUCUGAUCAUCCUGCUCAGAAAGAACAAGAACAACCUACUCAUCUUCAUGUGUAUUAUUGUCUAUGUUCUGAAUUCUUACUGGUGAUUGAUGCUGAUCUUCGACAAUUAGCGAGAAGAAGAACAGACAAUGCGAUUAUUGUGUCCAACACGAAAAGAACCUAUAAACUAACAGCAGAAGCAGAGGAUUGCGUCUUACUCAAGAGAAAAGAAGGCUACGAGAAACAAUACAGAUACCAUUGUCCACGUUGUCAUUUGACCAUUGCAUAUGAAAUGAACGAACAUCGCAAAAGUGGUGAAUUUACCUACAUUCUAGACGGUGCAUUAACAGAAACACAAGGAAGAGCACCACCGAAUGCUAUUAUUGAUGUCUUUACACCUUUGACUGUACAACCCUAAUAAUAAACCCUUUUUUUUUUUUUUUUUUUUUUU